ACGAAUGUCAACUAAACAGGCACAACUACUCGCUAUAUAAAAGUUAGUCCAGCCUUCGAUCGUCAUUACCGUCAAAGAAGCCGACAUGAUGCGGCGCAUUUCCUUACUGCUAAUAGUAACCGUCGCCUCCUGCAUGGAGAUGCGGGAGACUGUCGAAAGGAUGGUCAUGGUCCGCACUACAGGAUCUGACCUUCAACCGGCGGCAACCGGAUACAUCUACAAAAAACAGAACGAUGGCCUUGCAAGUGUCAUCAAAAUGGACGAGGAUGAGAUAUUAGAACAACUAUCGAAGUUCUACGAUCAUCCGAAAGUGUUCGCGGCUCACGAUAAAGAGGCCGCCUCGGAGGGUGAAGCAGAUGACAGCAAAGAGGAGUCACGCAAGGAAGCGCACGUCAUACCUGUUGUCGAGAAACAUGAGGAAAACGCAGGCCACAUUGACGGCAUAGCCGAUGAUGAAUAUCCGAAGAAUUAUGAUAGCUAUGAAGACUAUAAAAAUAAUUUUGAGAAAUAUCUACACGGCUUAAAACAUUACAAAGAUGGACUCUAUCAAGGAUAUGGCGGAGGUGACAGCUAUGGAGCUAAUGAUCAUCAUGCUUAUGGUGAUAAAGGAUACAAAGGUUAUGGCACAGAAAAUUAUUAUGGCAAAGGAGGCGCCGGAGAUUACCACAAUAAGAAUUACAAAAGCUUCUACGCAACAGGAAAGGGUGGUCAUGGGAAAGAUUACGAUGAAGCCAAUAAAUAUGGUAAACAUUACGCAGAAGGUCACGGAGAAAAAGGGGGAGAUCAUGGACACAAGGAAGGGCACAGCAAAGGAGAGAAAGUCGAAGGCUUUCACAAGGUCUUUGAUAAGGACGAAUUCAAGAAAGACCAUGACUUUUAUGAUGGUGAAGGACACAAGGGAGACUUCAACAAGUUCAGCAAAGGGUACGAGCACCAUGAAACAAAUGACGGAGGGAAUAAAAAGGGAGAAUCCCAUGAUUCAGGACAUACGGAAUCAGGUUCAGGUAAGGAAGGACACUUCGAUAAGCAAUCUGGUGCAGACCACGAUGCCGGGCAUUCAGCCGAGACAGGAGGAAAAUCUGAGCAGCAUGGAAACGAGGAUAAUGGCGCAAAGGGCGACGCAGUCAAGGGCCAGAGCUACGGCUACGAAGUCAAGCACUGAAAGAAUAUUACUAUUUGUUAUAGUUUUGUUGACUUAUAGUAGAGUUUUGUAAAUAUGUACGUGUAGAUAUAAAGAUAAGGCAUG